UGCCCCUCCGAGGCGCCGUAGCGCGGGAGGGAGGCGGCGGCGCUGUGGUCCAUCGGUCCGCGGGUCCGUGGGUCUGCCCGGCCGCCCGGCCCCGCCCUGCCCCCUGGGGCUGCUCGGCUCCAUGGCCCGCGGCGGUGGCGGGAGGCGGCGCGGGGGCCGCAGGGGCCGCUGACCGGGCGGCGGGAGGCGGCGGGGCCGGGCCAUGGGGGACAGAGCCGUCCGCAGCCGCCGGAGCCGGGAACCCAGCCCGAGUCGGAGCGGCGCCCCCUGCUGAGCCCCGAGCGCCGGGUGAGAGGGGGGCGCGCGCCGCCCCAGCCUAGGGCCCCGAGGUUCCAGACCUGGCCCCACGAGGGACGCCCCGAGAUCCCCGCCCAGGACCGGCCGGCAGCCGGAUGCCCGGGCCCACUAGGCGGGCCGACGGCCGCCUGCGGGAUGAGCAGACUGCUUGGGGGGACGCUGGAGCGCGUCUGCAAGGCUGUGCUCCUUCUUUGUCUGCUGCACUUUCUUGUGGCUGUCAUCCUCUACUUUGACGUCUACGCCCAGCACCUGGCCUUCUUCAGCCGCUUCAGUGCCCGCAGCCCUGCCCGUGCCCUCCACCCAGCUGCCAGCAGCAGCACUAACUGCUCUCGGCCCAACACCACUGCCCCCAGCUCAGGACUCCCCGAGGCUCCGAGCGCCCGGCCCGGCCCCACGGCUCCUGUCCUGCCGCCCUGUCCUGACUCGCCACCUGGUCUCGUGGGCCGACUGUUGAUUGAGUUCACCUCACCCAUGCCGCUGGAACGUGUGCAAAGGGAGAACCCAGGGGUGCUCCUGGGCGGCCGCUACACACCACCUGACUGCACUCCAGCCCAGACAGUGGCAGUCAUCAUCCCCUUUCGACACCGGGAGCACCACCUACACUACUGGCUCCACUACCUGCACCCCAUCCUGAGGCGACAGAGGCUGCGCUAUGGCAUCUACGUCAUCAACCAGCAUGGUGAGGACACCUUCAACCGGGCCAAGCUGCUCAACGUGGGCUUCCUAGAGGCACUGAAGGAGGACGCCACCUAUGACUGCUUCAUCUUCAGUGACGUAGACCUGGUCCCCAUGGAUGACCGCAACCUGUACCGCUGUGGCGACCAGCCCCGCCACUUUGCCGUGGCCAUGGACAAGUUCGGCUUCCGGUGAGGGCUCCCUUCUCCCUGGACCCAGACCUCCCACCCAGAC